AUGGUCGCCUUUUCCCGCAUCUCGGCAGGCUUCGCCCUUGCCGCCCCUGCCCUGGCCAGCGUCGUCCUGGAGACCGUCAAGUCUGUUCCCAGCGACUGGAAGCUCGUGGAGGCUGCUGAUACCAGCUCCACAAUUUCUUUGUCCGUUGCUCUGGCGCGUCAGAACCUGGACCAGUUGGAGGAGAAGCUCCUGGCCGUGUCCACCCCUGGCAAGGACACCUACGGCCAGUUCUUGGAUCUGGACGACAUCAAUGAGCAGUUUCCUCUCGCAGAUGACGCUGCUGUUGUGGCUUGGCUGAAGAAGGCAGGCGUCACCCAGAUCCAUAAGGAGGGUGGUCUGCUGAACUUUGCGACCACUGUGGGCACAGCCAACCAGCUUCUCAACACCACCUUCUCGGUGUACAAGAGCGGAUCUACCCAGAAGCUGCGCACAACGCAAUACUCUGUUCCGGAUGAGCUGACCGGGUCCAUUGAUCUCAUCUCGCCGACUGUUUUCUUUGGAAAGUCCAACGCUGCGCGCUCGGCGGCCGUGCGUGCUUCGCAGACUACCAAGGAGACCAGCAGAAAGAAGAGCAGUAAUGUGUGCGAGUACAUCACUCCGGAUUGCCUCAAAGAGCAGUAUAGCAUUGACUAUACGCCCGAGGCAUCGUCGGGAAGUCGUGUUGGGUUUGGCAGUUUCUUGAACGAGUCGGCCUUGUACUCGGAUUUGGAUCUGUUCACCCAGUACUUUGACAUUCCCCAGCAGAGUUUCACUGUUGAGACUAUCAACGGGGGAAUCAACAACCAGGAGAAUGAUCCGGAUGGUGAAGCCGAUCUCGAUGUCCAGAACAUCGUGGGCAUCUCGCAUCCCUUGCCGGUGACGGAGUACAUUACCGGAGGAUCUCCUCCAUUCAUUCCCGACGUCGAGACUACUACCGACGAGAACGAGCCUUACCUGCAGUACUACGAGUAUCUGCUGGCCAAGACCAACGACGAGCUGCCACUGGUUAUCAGCAACUCGUACGGCGAUGACGAAGAUACCGUUCCCAUUGCCUACGCCACCCGCGUAUGCAACCUCAUCGGCCUGAUGGGCACACGUGGUAUCUCCAUCCUCGAGUCUUCCGGCGACUCUGGUGUGGGCGGCGCAUGCAUGUCCAACGACGGCACCGACAAGACCGAAUUCACCCCCAUGUUCCCAGGAACAUGCCCGUACAUCACCGCGGUCGGCGGCACCCAAGACGUGCCCGAAGUCGCCUGGGUGGACAGCUCCGGCGGCUUCAGCAACUACUUCUCGCAGCCGUCGUACCAGUCGGAUCAGGUGGAGACCUACCUGGACAAGUACAUCUCUGCCUCGACGAAGAAGUACUACGAGCAGUACACCAACUUCAGCGGUCGCGCGUUCCCUGACGUGUCUGCGUUUGCAGGUUCUCCUUACUACGAAACUUAUAUUGAUGGUCAGCUCGGCCUUGUGGCGGGUACUUCUGGCGCUAGCCCUGUGUUUGCGGGGAUCGUCGCGCUGCUGAACGAUGCCCGUCUGCGGGCCAACAAGACAUCCUUGGGCUUCCUGAACCCUUGGCUGUACUCGAGCGGCUACAAGAGCCUGAAUGACAUUACCAGUGGCGAGGCAGUGGGCUGCCAAGGCGAUGUGGAGGGCGCUGGAGUCAUUCCUUGGGCGAGCUGGAAUGCCACGACGGGAUGGGAUCCGGCGACAGGGCUGGGAACGCCUAAUUUUGCCAAGCUGAAGGAGGCGGUUCUUGCGUUGUAA